UCUGCUCCUGCUGCCUUGUGGGAAUGAUAGAAGGAAGGCGGAGCUCAGACCAGGGGAAAAUGGCCGCCGCUCCUGACGUCACUACUCGGCCUGGGAACCUAUUGCUGCAGCCGGACUGGUCUACAAGAAAAUGGCCGCCGGCCUCCUGCACUGAGGACAUCUAUGGUUCAAAUAUUACUGGGGCGGAGGUGCGGGCGUGGUGUAGAGGGGAAGGGCCAAUAACCAGAAAGCAGCCUUUGCCAAUCAUGACCUACUUCCGGACUGUGCGUUCCACCUUACUUCCGGACUGUGCGUUCCACAUACAGGAAGUGAGUUUUCAUCGACUGCUGCUGCCUCCCAGUGUCCGUGGAGAUCAGGGUUACACAGUUGUGAAGAAGAUAUCUGGUGAGUGUGAGACACCCAGCAGCCAUCCUCUUGUGUCAGGCGGACUAAGCACGACCCACAGCCCCAUCACGGUGCCUCCACCUCACUCACUAAUACAUGAGAGACACAGUGACCAGAAGAUCCUGGAACUCACCAACAAGAUCAUUCAGCUGCUGAAAGGAGAGGAGGGGGAAUAUAUAGAGGAACACAGGGGUCUGUACAAGGACAUGAUGAUGGAGAAUCACCGGCCCCUCACAUCACUGGAUGGGCCCAGUAACAGAGAUACCCCAGAGAGAUGUCCCCGUCUCCUGUAUUACCAGGAUUGUACAGAGGAGAAUCACAGGAUCCCACAGGAGGAUCAGGUAGAACGUCUGUCUAAUAUUAAAACAGAAGAUACAGAGGGAGAAGAAGAGACGUAUGUGACUGAUAUAAAGGCAGAAGAUAUAGAGGGAGAAGAAGAGACGUAUGUGACUGAUAUGAAGGCAGAAGAUAUAGAGGGAGAAGAAGAGAUGUAUGUGACUGAUAUAAAGGCAGAAGAUAUAGAGGGAGAAGAAGAGACAUAUGUGACUGAUAUAAAGGCAGAAGAUACAUUGGGAGAAGAAGAGACGUAUGUGACUGAUAUAAAGGCAGAAAAUAUAGAGGGAGAAGAAGAGACGUAUGUGACUGAUAUUAAAACAGAAGAUAUAGAGGGAGAAGAAGAGACGUAUGUGACUGCUAUAAAGGCAGAAGAUAUAGAGGGAGAAGAAGAGACGUAUGUGACUGAUAUGAAGGCAGAAGAUAUUGAGGGAGAAGAAGAGACGUAUGUGACUGAUAUAAAGGCAGAAGAUAUAGAGGGAGAAGAAGAGACGUAUGUGACUGAUAUAAAGGCAGAAGAUACAGAGGGAGAAGAAGAGACGUAUGUGAGAGGUGAUCAGCAGUGUAAGGAGGAGGAAAUCCCUACAGAUAUCAACACAGGUGAGUAAUAAACACUUAUUACAGAAGUCACAUAUUCUCCUUCCUCAGUCACUACAGCAAUCUCUUA